AUGUGAAACACUAAUUCAUACAACAGCAGUUCAGAAAAACUUUUUGCUGUGUACAGUUAGACUAUACCACAAAAACAUAUUGGACUGACAUCCAAUCAAAUCGGUGCAAAUGUUUGACAAGCUUAAGCACGGACCAAUAGAAUAACUGUAAACAUGCUGGAAAGGGGCGGGAUGUAAGAUAUCCUAUGUCAUCAACUCAAGGCGCUUUGUUGUUCUUUCGGGAUAGAAAGAUGGAGAAAAUUAUUGUUAGUUCAUCGUAAACAGUCGAAUUAAGCAAGGAUAAUAUUUCUUGUGGUUCAAUAUAAUCAAAAGCCUUCCAAGUGUAGAGUUAAACCGAUGUCGUCUGGUUAACAUUGGUGUAUUUGUGGGACUAAAUCAGCUCGGCAGUGAGCUAGCAUUAGCCACACCGAGAGGAGCGGAAGGAAUUCGAUGCACUGGGAAGAAGGGGAUAAUAUCUCUACUGGGAUGGCUCACGCAAAUUGGAAAAAAACUGCGUUUUACAGUUCCCCCUGGAAUCAGGGCACUAUACACCUGGAGUAUGUGGUCGUUUGACUGAUAUCAAAUUGCAGGAACAAUUUGAUGGUGAUUUUGUAACUGUUAACGUGCCAGUUUAGCGAGUUAGCCACGUAGCUACGUAGCCUUCAGUAGGAAGUCACUUAAAAUGGCGGAAGGUUGGCCCAUUCCUUCGGCCCUUGUCUUCAUGCUGUUGAGUUUGAGUGCCUGGGCUCUUGGGUCUUGUCCUGCUCCUUGUUCGUGUUCAAAGGGACAAGAUGAGGUCCAUAUUCUGGACUGCAACAGGAAACGGCUGUCGACGGCUCCCAUGGACACACCAGAUGGGAUAACUCAAGUCACCAUGAAUCACAAUGAGCUGACUGUUCUUCCCUUUCUUGGAGAUGUUUCCUCAAAUAUCACCUCGUUGUCAUUAGUCCACAAUCGGAUCUCAGAGCUGUUGAUGCUUCAGCUGCAGCCAUACGUUUCCUUGGAGACACUGGACCUGACAUCCAACUCCAUCUCCGAGCUCAAAGUUGGAUCCUUCCCGUCCAUGCAGCUGAAAUAUCUGAAUUUGAGUAAUAACAAGAUCAGCAUCCUUGAGCCUGGCUGCUUUGAAAACAUCUCCAGCUCCCUGCUGGUGCUGAAGCUGAACAGGAACAGAUUAGCUGUGCUGCCAUCCAAAGUCUUCAAACUUCCACAGCUUCAGUUCCUGGAAAUGAAGCGUAACAAGAUCAAGAUAGUGGACAGCCUGACAUUCAAAGGGAUGGACUCACUGAGGUCACUGAAGAUGCAGAGGAACGGCAUCACUAAGCUCAUGGAUGGAGCCUUUUUUGGGCUUAACAACAUUGAAGAACUAGAGCUGGAACACAACAACCUAACCGAGGUUAACAAAGGUUGGCUGUAUGGCCUGCGCAUGUUGCGUGUCCUGCGGGUCAACCAGAAUACUGUCGGCAUCAUCCGACCAGACGCCUGGGAGUUUUGCCAAAAGCUGGAGGAACUGGACUUGUCCUUCAAUCAUCUGACUAGACUUGAAGAGACAGCUUUUGUAGGAUUAGGUCUCCUGGAGAGCCUGAACCUGGGAGAAAAUGCCAUCAGCCAUUUGGGAGAGGGAGUGUUCAGUGGCCUGGCAAGUCUGCGUACCCUAGAUAUCCGCAAUAAUGAAAUCUCCUGGGCCAUUGAAGAUUCCAUUGGUGUGUUUGAUGGAAUGAAGAAGCUGAAAACACUAAUCCUACAGCGCAACACAAUCAAAUCAAUCACUAAGAAAGCGUUUGAGGGCCUGGAGGAGCUGGAGCACCUGGACCUCAGCAAGAAUGGCAUCAUGUCGAUACACCCUGAGGCGUUGUCCCAUAUGAAGCUCAAAGUGUUUGUCCUGAACACGAGCAACCUGCUGUGUGACUGCCAUAUGCAGUGGCUGGGGCCUUGGCUGACAGACAGCCAGUUCCAGCAGUCGGUCUCCGCUAUCUGUGCUCAUCCUGCCAGCCUUCUUGAUCGCAAUGUCCUGUCCAUCAGCCCGGAAGAGUUUGUUUGUGAUGAUUUCCCCAAACCUCAGAUCACAACUCACCCAGAGACGUCUGUGGCCCUGCGGGGGAACAAUGUGACUCUGAGCUGUGUUGCAUCCAGCAGCAGUGAUUCGCCAAUGACCACAGCCUGGCGGAAGGAUGGGGAGGUGCUGUAUGAUGCAGAAGUGCAAAACUACGCCCGGUACCAGGAGGGAGAGCUGAUCUACACUACUGUGCUUCAUCUCCUCAAUGUCAACUUCACUGAUGAGGGGCGCUACCAGUGUGUGGUCUCCAAUCACUUUGGUUCCAAUUACUCCAACAGGGCCAAGCUCACUGUCAAUGAGCUGCCAUCCUUUCUUAAGACUCCCAUGGAUCUGACUAUCCGAACCGGUACUAUGGCCAGGCUGGAGUGUGCUGCUGAAGGCCAUCCAUCACCCCAGAUUGCUUGGCAGAAGGAUGGAGGCACUGACUUCCCUGCUGCCCGAGAGCGCAGGAUGCAUGUGAUGCCAGAUGAUGACAUCUUCUUCAUUGCUAACGUGAAGACAGAAGACAUGGGAGUGUACAGCUGCACGGCUCAAAAUGCAGCUGGCAGCCUGUCUGCAAACGCUACUCUCACCGUCCUGGAAACUCCAUCCUUCAUGCGGCCGCUGGAAGACAGAGCAGUGGCCCGUGGUGAGACUGCCGUCCUUCAGUGUAUAGCUGGAGGCAGCCCGGCCCCUCGUCUCAACUGGACCAAAGAUGACGGGCCUCUGGUACUCACCGAGCGCCACUUCUUUGCUGCAGCCAACCAGCUCCUGAUCAUAGUUGAUGCUGGUCCUGCUGAUGCUGGGAAGUACACCUGCAUCAUGUCUAAUACUCUGGGAACAGAACGUGGCCACAUCUACCUGAGUGUCUCGCCAUCACCCAACUGUGAUACUGGCACAGGAUACGACCAGGAUGGCUGGACCACCGUGGGCAUCGUGGUGAUUGUGGUGGUGUGUUGUGUAGUUGGAACCUCGCUGGUCUGGGUCAUUGUCAUCUAUCACAUGCGCAGGAAGAGUGAGGACUACAGUAUCACCAACACAGAUGAGAUGAAUUUGCCAGCAGACAUCCCCAGCUACCUGUCCUCUCAGGGUACUUUGUCAGAGCCUCAGGAAGGCUACAGUAACUCUGAGGCUGGCAGCCACCAGCAGCUCAUGCCUCCUCUCUCCAAUGGAUACAUCCAUAAGGGCACGGAUGGUGUGUGUUAUGGAGACACGGGCAGCGAGGUGGAAACUGAGGGGAAUGGCAUGCUGCAUUGCAGGGUUGGCUCUCUGUUCACUGGCCGUAGUAGCUUCCACCCUGGAGACCCCCGUGAGGGACUGGCUGGACUCCCCACAGGUGGAGCAGGUCCGCUGGUCAUCUGCUCUGACUGCUACGACAACGCCAACAUCUACUCUCGCACACGGGAGUACUGCCCGUACAACUAUCUGGGGGAGGAUGACCCGCUGGACAAGACUCCCCCCGGCCUGAAGGAGAGCUUCAGUGAGCAUGCCCAGCAUGAGGACACUGCACUGGGGAGCCUCAUUAGCAACCAGGACUCCUCCAUCUUUCUCACCUCACACGACAAAAGGUUGAGCAGCCACACUCCCCCGGAGCACUACGCUAAUGAUUCUCUUAGCAGGUCCUUCUGGGGAGAAGGGGAAGAUCCGUCAUCAAAACGCCAACUAGGCACAUCCCAGCACCCAGUGACUGUACACAGGACACCUCCUCUGACCUCCACUGCCGACGGGGCACAGGAACAGAGUGAAGCAGAUGUGGACUGUUUUCCCAGGCAAUGCACACAGGACCAUAGAAGUGCCUCUAAUAGGACUAACCCUCAGGAGCAUCCUGCUCCAACAUAGGUCUUUACACUCUGCCUACAUUCUGCCUCUGACUCCUUGUUGCUGCACCCCCCCUCCCUUCACCCACUACCUCCAAAGAGACUCCUCAAAUUCUGCCAAAGAUGCUCUCUUGUAUGUAUGUUUACAUUCCCCUUUCACUCAAGAGGACAUGCUAAUGUUCUCCACUGUGGAAAGACUGCUGUGUCAGACUGGAGAAAUGGACCAUUGAUUAAAGUAGUGACCUCCUCCUUGGCACCUCCACCUCUGCAGGACCCCUUACUCCCACAUCCUCCACUCUUCUUUGUUCUCUUUUUAGAGAAAGCUAUGAAUGUAUGCUUUUAAAGAGCCAUGUUGGAUGCUGCCAUGAGAGAACGCCAAGACAUGGUAGAGUCUUUACAAGCUCUCUCCUCUGUCCCUGCUGCUGUGGGGCUGAAAUUUAGUGUCAGUGUACGUCACACUGGCAGUUUUGUCUCAUCAUUCCUGGUACAGACACCUGUUGGAGCAGCCUACAUGACUUUGGUAGAAAUUACAAACCACCUAUUCCCAAGUGGGGAAAAGGGGGGUUUAAACAGGGGACAAUUGUAGUUCCCUGACCAGCAGUUUGUGGUUGUUAAUAUAGGAAAGAACAUUGAAAACAUAGGUCCCACAUUCCCAUAGCCAUCCCGACUGACUCAAAACUAUGCUAUCUGGUAUAAUGUUAUGCAAAUCCCAGAGACAGUGACACCAAACUGUGGUGUAUAUUAUGAAUAUAUAUGAAUAUAUCCUAUAUCAUCUUUAUCUGAUCUUGUUUUUGUCCUAUGUCAAACACCAUGUUAAUUCCUUCAUUUUAUGUCUUCGUAAUGAUAAACAAUUUGGAGAGAAAGCGUACAAUUGUUUUGCACAUGUGACAAUCAUGGUUUUGCUGGCUAUUUUCUAAUUGGAUGGCCUUUUUAACAAGCAUUCUCAGUAACCUCGAUCAGGUGACAUUAUGGUUUUUAUAUAUACAGUAUGCACUGAUUUGUUUUCCCUUGUGUCAUAUCUUACAGGCACUUAAUUUAAUGGUGGUAAACUUUAUUAUGCAGUGUGCAUGCCAUUUUACAUUGUGAGGAUUUAUCAUCAGUUUUAUCUCAAAGUUCAUGAUCCUUCCGUAGAUAUUGAUUAUGUCUAGGUUUUCACUUGGGACUGUGAAAAAUGAGAAUGUAUUGUGUUAUUUUAUACAUGUAUGUAUUUGUAUAUAAGGCUAGUAAUCUAUUAAAUUCCAUGUCCUACUAGUCCAUUUGCAGAGAUGUUUGAGACAUAAGCUGCAGUAAUUUUAAGCUUAUUCAUUUUAAGCCUUUAUUGUCCCAGCGUUAUCCUUUAAGUUUUUUUUCAUGUUGGUUCAGGUAACAAGAAGUGGGUGUUAUUUUCCACAUAACCGAAAUACAGUUAUCGAACAGCUGCCAGCUUCAGCAAACUGUAUUGUUUCCAAAUGUUAGCUAUUAAAUUGCUUUGAGGAUUUGAAAAUGAAAAUGCCUCAUGUAAAAGAAUGUGGUCUUGUUUCAUCAGGUUAGAUGUCAUGAGUUGUCCUUAAAAAUCCUCUUGAUUAUUGCACUUAAGAUUUGCUCAGAUGUAAUUGGCUUUGGCUUUGUUUGUGACUCUCAGAAGCUUAUAUUUGCUCAAUAUAUUUAACAAAUUGCACUCAGCUGCCAGUUUAUUAGGUACACCCAGCUAAAACUAAUCCAGUCUAAAACCACAGUCCUUCAGUAAAUCCUACCUUUUAGUGAAGGUUAUAAUGUUCAGUUUUUGUUGAAACUGUUUUUAGAGCGGUUUUGAUUCAACUGUAUGAUCAUUUUGGAGGCUGUAGUUUGUGGUGGUGUUGUUGGAUUAUAUUGUGUUAUACUGACAGGUGUUUCUUCGUGAAGGUAGGAUGUAUUACAGAACUGUGAUAUUAGACUGCAUUAGUUUUAGCUAGGUGUACCUAAUAAUAAACUGGCAACUGAGUGUAUAUCAUGGAUAUGUCUGACAACAUAUUUGAAAGUUUAUUUUUAUUAUUGUACUUUCCGUUAUCUUGAUCAUCAGCAAUGCUACAUUUUGCUCUUUUAUUUUUGAUCAAGAAAAGGAUUUGUCAUGUUCCUUUUCUCCCUCUUUUGUAGUGGUACACUGAGUGUUCGAGGGUACUGAGUUCAGACACUAAAAAUCAAUAAUGCUUAAAAGUUCAUCUACAGUAAUAAUGUGUGCUGGUGUAGCUUGAUGCUACAUUUUUUUAUGUAAUGUCACAAAGUGUAAUAUGGCCAUACAAAUGAUUGUUACUUUUUGUCAAUAACUACUCAAAUACAUGUACUCCAUUGACUACAUGUAUUUGUUAAGCUGCAAAUGGUAUCUGUUCACCUCCACCUCCUCAGCGGUACGUGCAGAUAUGAAUUGCAUGUCAAUCUUGCCCUCUUUUGGUUCUAACUUGUUUUCAUAUUUUGUUAAUCACCCUUGCCUUUUAUUGCCGGAUCAGCACAUUCCAAGCCUUUUCCUCUGAACUUGGCAUUGCCAGAAAGUUGAUUAUCAACUGAUAUUAUUUUCCAAGCUAAGACUAAAACAAGCUUUCCUGAUUUUUUUUUUUUUUUUUUUUUUUUUUUUGACACACACACAGAUUUUUGUUGCUUCUUGAUGUUUUCUGAUUUGGCUAAGGUAAAUUUCGUGCCCCUUUUGAGCAAUUUGAGAAAUUUAAAUGAAACCUUGCAGUGAUAAGUUAUCCUAAUGGAGCUAUGUGUCUGUAUGUAUGUCAUUGUUCCAUGUUUUCUGCCAACAUAGCGUAAACAUAAUGUGCAUUUGUAUUGUUUUAUUCUCUGAACGUCCUUUAUGACUUUAUACCAAAGUUUAGCAGUAACUGCUCUGGCAAUAUCCAAUGCUGCUUUUUUUUUGUAUUGUCGAAAAUUUGCAUUUUGUUUUCAUUAGUAUUUUUGGACCUUGUUUGCCUGUACAUUCUGUAAAGCAUGUCUAAAGAACCUUUUUGUUAUGUAGCCAUUACUCAAACAUUAAACAUGAAUUCUGACCA